CCAUCUUACAUAGUCAUGCACGCUUCGAAAUUGACGCGAUCGACGAAUCGAGCACCUGACUUGGAGCAUCCUGGCGCGCAUGCGCAAAAGCUAAUCCUGCGCCGCGAUGCGCACUCGCGAGUAAAACGCAAAGUAGAUCGAGUCAGUAUUGGACGGGCACUCCACGGUGUCACGUGUCACGCUUUUCUCUGUGAUCGACCAUCGAUCUUUCCGACGCGCGAUUUCUCGACGAAAAACGAAAUAACGAACAACCGAAAGGUGAAACUACCGGUGCUUCAUUUACCUAUAUCGGAUUACCCUUUCUCGCGAGAUGCUCUUCUCGAAGAUUUGCAAACAAGUGUCUCAAGAAGCACCACCCCUAGUCGCGGUGGCAGGGCACUUUCGCCUCAAGUAGAGUAUCGAGUAGCUGCGAAUCCUACCAAGAUCGUUUCCGAAGGCAGACCUAUUUCACCAACUCGAACGAUGACAACCACCACGGAAAAAUACGUGAGCACUGGACCGAGUGGUGCGCCGAGUGGUAUUCCCGGUUUGGAUUUCAUCGAUUCAGAAUUACAGAAUGUGCAACCCGGGCAAAGUAAAACGAUCGCCUACAAACAAGUGUCGUAUCAAUAUAACAAAAGUUUGGACGGGAAACCAAUUGACUCAUGGACGGUUGACAAUGCGUUGACGAACACGGCUAUGAUCGAUGAUAUUCGAGAAAGGACCUACGAAGAAAGCACAAUGCAACGCGGCUUAGAACCGGUUGGCAAAUCGGUGAACAGAGAACUAGUGUACAGCGACACUUCUACGUCUCGUUCGAAGCAAACCUCCCCUCUGCCCUCUGCUCAAAGGGACGUCAAAUAUAUUCACGAAUCAUCGACUUCGAGUGGUUACCAAACAGAACCGGUACAACAGAAUACGGUGACGACGGUGCACACGAGCGCCGCCCAAGAAUACGGAAACGUGGAGUACAUCCCGGUUCCAUCACCGACGCCAGCGGUGCCCAUCAACCUGGCGCCGGGUCCCAACACCAAAGUGACGACCACCAUCAAAACGUACACGUACGAGUUACCGGGGCCACCUGAAACCUAUCUACCAGGUGGCAACGUGCCAGGGACGGUGGUGUUGCCAGGUGAUCAAACCAUCACGUACACGAUACCGAAAGGAACCACCUCGGCCACCGACAAAACGAUCACCUAUCAGACCGUGACCGAGAACGUACCGUCCAAAACCCCGACCAGAUACAGUAGCCCGCCGCCACCGAUAACGGACGUAACCAAGAAGUCAACCACGAUUCACCAAGAGUCGAAAUUCUAUCGGGAGGAGCAUCACGGUGGCCGGCCGGGUCAUCCAACGACGACCGUCUAUCAUCCGCCAGCGGAGAACAAAACGACGAUCACGAGAAACGAGAAGUAUUAUCAGGUGGACGGUGCGUACCCGAAUGGUUAUCCGGCCGGUGAUCAUCCGGGGAGCACGGUGAUUUACCAGAAUCAACCGCCGAAUGUGAGCGAGACCCACACCACUAUAAAUCGAAUCGAGGAACAUUAUCCUAGCCGGCCACCGUCCACCGGACGACACCCGACACCUGAUAAACCGGGAACACCGGUUAAUUAUUAUACACCGCCACCACAAUCUAGCACCCAGCCGCAAUCCACCACUAUAUAUAAAUUAUCGAACACGACCACAACGAUACCACCGAGCAAGAACCCCGAGGACCACGAGGUUUUGUUACCUAAACCGUUCCCGGUCGAGGAUGUUCGAGCCAGGCCUGUUAACAACGUGCAGACCCCUCCUAAAAAGUUGGAAGACCUGAUGGCAUCGUUUUCCGACACGGAGCGCGAGGUACUGGAAGAUAUCGAAAAAAGGGAAAAAGAACAACAGAAAGAUUCGCCGGCGGUGAAAAAGGAAGUCGACUUCGUGCCCCAUACACCACCGAAAGUGAAAAGUAAAAAUGUCGCAGGGCCUCCGGUUUACUAUCCUCCAGGAGCUGCAGAGUUUACUAAAAAAGAAGAAUCUAGCGCGGCUAUGUCACAGGCUGGUGGAGGAUGGGCAAAAGCUAAGGGAAAAUAUGAAUACGAAGCGUCUUCAAAAAGCAAAACGAAAUCGAGCAGCGGCAAAGCAGUCGUACCCGUUUGCCUACCACUUUGCUGUGCCUUGCCAUGUGUAAUUAUGUAACUUAUUUUAAUAUUAAUAUUUAUGUAUGUUUCAAAUGAUUAAGCAAUCUAUUAGUCGUGUUAUUAUAAACGAUCGCGCGUCAAAAUUGAUCAGUCUUCCUUCGUAUGUGUAGAAAGAAAAUUUUUAAUAU